UAAGACGAAACGAGAAAGCUGCGAAAAGCUGGAUUCAAAUUGCAGUCGAUUUUAUAAUCAGUGGUAUUGAUACCUCGUCAACAAAACAGUGUACUGGUUAUCAGAUUAUUGUUAUUUUUAGUUAUCGGAGGGAGUAAACAUUUCAUGAGUAAUAGCGUGGGAAUCCCGUGACGAUGAUAAAUUCAAACAUGUCGUCCACCUUAAGUUUACGCUCCAAAAUCCAAGACGAACAUCUAACAUGUACUGUUUGUAUGGAAUAUUUUACACGGCCAAAAGCGCUGCCGUGUCUACAUACUUUCUGUGAGGGAUGCCUGAGAGAUUUUAUCUACGGAAGAGGGUGGGAAAGGGAAGGAAAAUUCCCUUGUCCAAUUUGUCGAACGGAGUCAGAAAUUCCAGAGGGCGGAGUGGAGAAUUUCCCUGACAAUCAUUUAGUAAACAGCUUGUCGGACACUGUAACUCAUGCAAGACGACCACCAAGGAUUCCCCCGAGACCGCCAAGGUGCCCCCCUCCCCAAGAAGAUGAAACCAGUGGAAGAGCAGCUGCGUGGAUUCCUGUUAGCACUAAAACAUGUAAAUCGGAUGUCCCACCUCUGUAUCCAGUACUGACAGAGGUAACUCCUUCACAAGGACCCAAUGACAAUCUGCAAUCAAAUCCACAGCAAUCAGGUGCUAUACCUUGUAGCCAUGGCAUGGUUCUUCAGUUUGGAAAAUAUGGUCCAGGACAUGUGGACUUUUUAAAACCAUCAGGGCUUGCCAUUAACUGUCACGGAGAUUUUAUCGUUACGGACGAAGGAGGGAAUCGUAUUCUUAUCUUCAAUAAAUCUGGCCAGUUAAAAUCUAAAAUUGUUUGUACCAAAUGUGCUAUUAGAGAUGUCGCAGUUACUCCUACUAAUGAUAUUUUAGUCAGUGUGACCUCAUCAGGGUCUGCCAUCAUGCAUCUGUACAACAUGAGCGGAAAGUUACUAGCAGAAUUCGGACAGCAUUAUCAUUUUGAGAAUCCAAUGGGAAUAACUUGUCUGAAAAAUGGUUAUGUGGCUGUCACGGGUCUCGAGUCAUUAUGUGUGUAUAUCUUUACUGAUCAGUAUAAAUUGUCGACCAAGUUUGGUCGAAAAGGUUCAGGAGAUGAAAGAUUUCUCUCCCCUUGUUAUGUGGCUUCAGACAACAAAAACCAGCUAAUUGUAUCCGACAGUGUCAAUCACAAUGUACAAAUUUUUUCGUCCACAGGAAAAUUCAAAAAUCGUUUUGGAGGUGAAGGAAGUAAACAUGGGUAUUUCAAUACUCCCUUGGGUGUUGCUACUGAUGACAAAAACAACAUAAUCGUUGCCGAUAGCAAUAAUUACCGAGUUGAAGUAUUUUCAUCCAAGGGACGUUAUUUGGGGAGUAUUGUCGAAGAUACAUCUGAAAUCGGUCCUAAAGUUAAACCAGUGAAUGUUGCUGUAACCAUUAACCACCAAUAUGUGGUCUUAUUAGUUGGGCCACAGUUUGCUGAGGUCCGCGUCUAUUUGCCAAAAUUGUCACAGCUAAAUGUAGAUGCCCCUGAUGCAUGUAAACAUCAGUAGACAAAUGACCUUGUUUUGACUGAACUGAACAUUGUAUUGCAAUAAGGAUAGCAAUUACAUGUAGUUACCUCUUUCUUUGUGCCUUCAAAAUUAACUGCUGUGUGCUGACAUACUGCAUUUUACCACCAUACAAAAUAAUAUGAACUUUUAUGUAAAAAUGCUAUACAGUUGAAUGUUUGUUGUGAUAAAUAAUCUAAAUGCCAUUUUAAAAUAUAUCCAGGCAAGAAUGGUGUGCAAUAUUCUGAAGUACAAUUAUUCCAAUAUUUUGCCCACCUAGCACUAAAGUCGUUUCCACAUUAGUGUUAGCGAGGCAGCUCAGUAGGCAUAACAUCCACUUUGUGUCUUGAUAUUCAAGACUACACAAUAACAAAGAUGUCUGUCUCCAUGUAAUACUGAUACAUGUAUAUAGUGCAAACCCAAACUUUUAAUGUAAAAACUUAUGAACUGAAAUCUAGUGUCAUUAUAUAGCAUCAAUGUUAUUUUUAAUACCUCAUUUAUGUUUCAAGUUUCUACAGAAAAUGCUACAAUGUAAGUGUAUCGCUUGCACUAGCCACACAUACAUGUACAUGUACAUACAACGCUUCAUCAAUCAUAGAACUAGGAUACUAGUUCUAUGAUUUGUAUGAAUACGGAUACCUCAUCUUGUUCAGUGUUGGUGAAAAUCAUAGCACAUUUAAAGCUUACAGAGGCAUUAUGUAAGAUUUAGAUAAAGACCUGGCAGUGAUAGUUCAAAAAUAGAUAAUUAAUACAUGUAGGCUACAUUGGAAAUUUCAGUCAAAUUACUUCAUUAUGAGUGAAGUUACAUGUACAUUGUUUGGAUUAUUAAGUACCAUUAUAGGAUAAUAGACAAAAUCUCGAUUAUCCUUUAUAAUGUUAAAUUAUUAAAUGGAGCAGCUGUUUUAAUCAUUUCAAUAUUUCUUCCAUUUGAGUGUUGACUAUGAGCUUGUCGUGUGAAUAAAUGUCCAAAUAAUAAUUUAUAUUAAACAUUUGACGAUAUAAAAAACAGCAUCAGAUGUAGCCCGUCUUACAUAAUGUAUCUUUAAUACUGUACUAUUUUAGUCUUAUUUCAACAAUUCCAGAAAAAUGAGGAUUCUCGAUAAAAUGCACCAAUUUUAUAUACUGCUAUUUGGAAUGUUUUUUGAGGUACACUAUUAAUUUUAUAUACUACUAUUUGGAAUGUUUUUUGAGGUACACUAUUAAUUUUAUAUACUGCUAUUUGGAAUGUUUAUUGAGGUACACUAUUAAUUUUAUAUACUGCUAUUUGGAAUGUUUAUUGAGGUACACUAUUAAUUUUAUAUACUGCUAUUUGGAAUGUUUUUUGAGGUACACUAUUAAUUUUAUAUACUGCUAUUUGGAAUGUUUAUUGAGGUACACUAUUAAUUUUAUAUACUGCUAUUUGGAAUGUUUAUUGAGGUACACUAUUAAUUUUAUAUACUGCUAUUUGGAAUGUUUUUUGAGGUACACUAUUAAUUUUGAAAACGACAAGAGAAUCAUUGUAGAAAUGUAGUUCAGACUGAAAUACAGUAGAACUGACAUUUGUGAAUAUUUUAAAAGUAGGAAAGAUGUUUGUAUAUCUAUGGUCUGCAUACUGUAGAUUGAUGGCAAAGAGUCAUAAAAAGUACAAAUUUGGUUGGACCCUGUUUCGUGUAAGGGGACCCAGAACAUCAUGGUUAUUCAUACAAAGUAAAUUACAAGUAGUAGUUUGUACACUUGUACACACAGAUCUACAAAGCAGUAUGCUAAAUAAAUACAAAUGAAAUCAACUCAACUGGUGGGGUUGAGUGGCCAAACGGUUUAAUGCGUACAAAUCAGAUCACAAUGUCUAUCAUUGUGUCAAGUUCUGUAGUUUCGAUUCCCGCUUGUACGUGACAAGAGUAGGGUCAUGGAUUUUCUCUGGGUCCUCUGGUUUCUUCCCAAAGUGAAUUAAUGAAAUAAAAUUGAAACAUGUUAGUCCCGAAAUUACCUAGUUUGUGUUGAGUGGACAUCAAACCCAAUUUCUCUCUCACACUAUAUCAACUGGGAAUUUAACCUAUGUUGAAAUGUAUUUUCACUUCAGUUUUAUAAUGAUCUGAUAUUUAUUUUAAAAAGAUUAGUUUAAUGUCAAUCAAAUCAUCAUUACGUGUAUUUUUGUAAAGCAUGACUAGUCCCUCUUCUGAAAAUAUAAUACAAGUAACCAAGCUUAUAUUUUUAAAUAUUAUUUAUAAAUGCAAUUAGGUUGUGAUAUGUAUUCUGAAGUCGAUUUACUAAUUUGUCAUUAAUUUGUACUUCAAAAAUAUUAUAAUCUCUAAUUUUAUAAUUGUUAUAUAUUGUAAUUAGAUGUUGAUUAAUAUAAAUUAGAUGU